AUGGUCGCUAUCGGCACGAUCGGAACGGUCAUGGCCGAGAGAAUUCGUGGUCGGCCGCUGGUCGGCCGGAUGAAGGAUUUGGCCGAUGAUAUUUGGUCGAGCGUGAGACCCGGCUUUCCUGAUCGGAUGGCGCGAUCGGCCGUUGAUGCGGAGUCAGGUUUUACCAAACUCCUAGACCUCUGCAAGUGCACAGAUCGCGGAAGUAUGGGUAUCGAACACAAGGACUGGCUAUUGAGUACACUUUGA